CACGUGACUUGUGUGCAAAUGAAAAAAAAAACACGAAUGUUUGGGUCGUGGUUGUGUUAUUGGAUAGUAAAUUGUAUACUGUUUCAAAAAAAUUAACGAAUAAACACACUACAAACUGUUUAUAAAGCGUUAUGAAGGUGAAAGUGCUUUGUCGGAAUCCGGACGAUUAUGUUCGAGAAACUUCUAGAGAUAUACAGCGCGUUCCCAGGAAUUAUGAUCCUUCUCUACACCCCUUUGAGGUGCCAAGGGAGUACACCCGAGCCCUGAAUGCCACUAAGCUCGAUCGGGUAUUCGCCAAGCCCUUCGUGGCAUCGCUGGACGGCCACAGAGACGGCAUCAACUGCAUCGCCAAACAUGCCAAGAGUCUCUCUACUGUGUUAUCCGGAGCCUGUGAUGGACAGGUAAAGAUUUGGAACCUGAGCAAGCGCGAAUGCCUACGAACCAUCCAAGCUCACGAAGGCUUCGUCAGGGGAAUAUGCUCACGCUUUUGUGGAACUUCGUUUUUCACGGUAGGAGAUGAUAAGACCAUUAAGCAAUGGAGCAUGGAGGGCCCUGGUUAUGGUGUGCAGGAGGCACCUUUGAUCACUAUACUUGGGAAGGCUGUGUACACGGGCAUUGACCAUCACCAGAGUGAGGGCACUUUCGCAACAUGUGGCCAGACGGUGGACAUCUGGGAUGAGCAGAGGAGCAGCCCCAUUCGCUCCUUCAGCUGGGGGGUGGACAGCUUCAGCUGUGUUCGGUAUAACCCUGUAGAGACCGAACUCCUUGCAAGCUGCGCCUCGGACAGAAGUAUUAUAUUGUAUGACAUGAGAGAGUCAACUCCACUUAAAAAGGUUGUAAUGGACUUGAGAAGUAACACGCUUUGCUGGAACCCCAUGGAGGCCUAUAAUUUCACAUGCUCCAAUGAGGACUAUAAUUUGUACACCUAUGAUAUGAGGCGUCUGGACACACCAGUUAUGGUCCACAUGGACCAUGUGUCUGCUGUGCUGGAUGUGGACUACUCGCCCACGGGGAGCGAGUUUGUGUCGGCUAGUUUUGACAAGACGGUUCGCAUCUUCCCCAAACACAGCGGCCACAGCAGGGAGGUGUACCACACCAAGCGCAUGCAGCACGUCAUCUGCGUGAGAUGGUCAGCGGACAGCAAGUACAUCCUGAGCGGCUCGGACGAGAUGAACAUCCGCAUCUGGAAGGCCAACGCCUCGGAGAAACUCGGAGUGCUCACAUCUCGAGAACAGGCUGCCAUACACUACAACCAGAAGCUGAAGGAGAAGUUCCAGCACCACCCGCAGGUGAGGCGCAUCACCCGCCAUCGCCACCUGCCCAGAGACAUCUUCAAGCAGAAACGAGAGCUGCGGGAGAUGAAGGAGGCAAGCCGCAGGAAGGAACAAAACGUACGCAAACACAGCAAGCCGGACUCCGUUCCCUUGGUGACCGAGAAGGAGAAACAUGUGGUGGCUGUAGUGGAAUAACACGUCACUGCCUAGAUGAGCCUCACACACACACAUUGAUGUACAAAGACUUUUUUUCCCCCCCAAGCAGCUAUGUGGUGUUGCCAUUCCGAGACAUUUUCACCAAUUAGUUGGUCUACAUUGUCGUAGACUGUCUCACGAUCAGCUUCAUUAGGGGUGUCGUAUUCUUCAGAAAUCAGAAUACGAUGAACGAUUCUUGUUGUCAUUAUUAUUUGAACAUAUUUUAAGCUUUCCCCUCAGCAGGAUGUCAUGUUCAUAAACAAUAAAAUGUUGACUUUAUAUUAUAA